AUGGCUCGACCGGCUGCACAGGCUCGCAUCACUCACCUACUGAAACACUGGCCCGCCGAUCCCAUCCGCCCAGCCUCCGUAUCCGUUCACACCUACCUCCAAUCUCACCUCACCCCUCCUGCACAACAAUCCAAAGACUCCACGACACCUACGACAACAAACAAUAUUUCAGAGUCAUCGCUUAAAGCACUCUCAUCACUUCUAGAAGACCGAUACGCGCGUCGCUACCCGCUAUCGCCGAAGCUAAGGCGACCGGCGAGUAACCCCGACCAUUAUGACAAUCUUAUUCGAGAAUUCGAGGAGGCGCCUUCGCGGGAUUGGCUUGGGAGGCUUUGGAAGCGGCUGAGUGGGCAGUUUAGGUUUCAGUAG